UGCGAACGAAGAAGAGUUCCCUUAACCGGAAAAUUUGAGGAUGGAGCAGCUGUAAGAAUAUUCCCAACCAUAAAAUUAGUGGAUGAAUAUAACACCAAAAUGUCUGAUAAAUUAGCAAAAUCACAUCGAAUGUAUGUCAUCGAUUCAAUAGAUGAAUCUCACGAGGCAGCUACUUAUGGAAAAAGACCACCACAAGGUGUCAUACCUGCAAAUGUAAAUAACUGUGGCGGACUUUUACAUACAAUAUUGUUAGCCGAGGGAUCGCGAAUCAUGCUACGACGAAAUAUAUCCGUUUCUGAUGGUUUGAUAAAUGGCGCAAUGGGACUAAUAAAGAAAUUUAUAUGGCCGGCACUUCGGCGAGAUCAGCUGGAACAGGGAGAAUUGCUGGACUCUGUACUUAUAGAAUUUGACGACAAAUCCAUUGGUAACAGGUUCAAAGAUAUCGACGGAUACAUUCCGAUCUCCCCAGUAACCGCAACGUUUCAAGCAACAAGAGGUUAUGGAGACGUCGAACGCAGGAUGUUCCCACUUAUACUAAGCUGGGCAGUAACGGUUCACAAAUUACAAGGGACAACGUUAGAUAAAGCUGUAAUCGAUCUGGGCAAAAAGAAUUUUGCUAAAGGUCAAAUCAAUAAAUAAAGUACUCAAUAAACCGCACGACGAAAAAGCAUUAGCGGAAAAGGAAAGACUAAGGCGGCUCUUGUUAAUACAGAGAAACACUACAAAUCAUCUCCCAGCGAACGAAACACUUGGAAACAACUGAAGUACACUUUACCCUUAAUCAUCGAGAUAUUGAGAACGCCCACAUUCAAUUCACCAGCGAUUCAUUACAAGCAAGGUAAUAUUAUUAAGUAAUUACAACAUAAAAUAUAUGCCAAAUGGAAUUACGGGGAAAGCAUCCCUCAACCUGAAUCGCUAGAUUUCAUGUUUAAAUAUUUAUAGUUUACAUAUUGUUUAUAAGUUCUUUGUUUGUUUGUCUGUUUGUAAGUCAGACCACCAAGAUAACUUGAUACAGCAUGUGGAGGACCCCACCCCGGGUAAUAAACAAUAAGAAAAAAAUAGGAAUUUUGCAAUAACAAUAGUUAUAAACAAUAUGAGAAAAAUAGAAAUUUUGCAAUAACAAUAAUUAUUAACAAAAAGAAAAAUCAUUUUUUGCAAAGUGAUCACCACGAAAACGAGACCGGCAGCAAAAUGUACUGGGUUUCAUCGAUUUCAUCGAAUUCAGUCGGAACAUACGUGAAAUAGUACAAUUUUCGAUAAAAAGUGUAAUAAAGUGGUAAAAAAUGGAAAUAGGUCAAAUGUCUUUUUAAGAUUUUAAGAGGCAACGAAGCCCCACCAAAUGCAAGAAGAAUCAAUCCGAUUGGUCAAUUCGUUACGGAAUAAGAAGCAGUAUAAAAUUUUUCAGUUUUUUGCGAAAAAAACGGGUAAAAAAUGAGAAAUUCCAAAAUUUUUUGGUAAUGGGGCCACCUCGGAGAUAUGCUCUACAAGAUGCAACAGAUUUCAUCCCGAUCGGUCAAGACGUCUGAACGUAAUCGAGUAACAUACAUAAAAAAAAAAAAAAAUAUACGUGUCGAAUUGAGUAACCUCCUCCUUUUCUAAGUCGGUUAAAAAACUGUGAGAUUCGCAGUUUAACAUUUUAAACCGCUCGAAGGGGAGUGAUAUGGCGUAAAGAGAAAAGUUCUUAGAGCAUAAGUUACCAUCUAGUUUUUAAGUUGGUAGUAUGUAUUGUAACCGUUACCGCA